UUAAAAGAAAUAAAAUAAUGAUGUCACGUGGUCCCUCACAAACGGAACUCGAACGCCAGGUGUUUUGCUCCGAACGGCGAUCCGUACACGGGUCGGCGGGUCCUGACAAAUCACGCCCACCGCACGUUUCUGUCUCGCGCACAUUGGUGAGCUGAAAGCGUCACGGACGGACUGACCUGUUUGGCCCUGUUAGCAGCUAACAGCUAACUGAGCAGAUGGAGGAGUUCCUGAGGAGCUGCCAGCAGGCCGUGAAGGCGAGCUCGGAUCAGGCCGGACCAGGAUUCCAUGUUGUUCUAGGGAACGAGGCCUGCGAUAUUGACUCCAUAGUGUCUGCCCUGGCCUAUGCCUACUUCCUGUCCAAGACCGCACGCAGCGAGAUGCUCGCUGUGCCGCUGCUGAAUAUCCGUCAGUCGGAGCUGCCGCUGCGGUCGGAUGGCAUCUUCCUGCUGCGUCAGACCGGCCUGUCUAUGGACCUCCUCCUGUUCAGGGACCAGCUGGACCUGCGAGCACUGCAGCGAGCCGGCCGCCUGCAGCUCACGCUGGUCGACCACAACGUGCUGCCCAGUUCAGACAAUGACCUGGAGGAGGCGGUCGUAGAGGUGAUCGACCACCACCUGCAGGAAAGAGAGCCCUCUCCCACCUGUUCUUUUACUGUGGAGACAGUGGGGUCCUGUGCUACCUUGGUGACGGAACGCAUCGUCCAGAAAGCUCCUGAGAUCCUGGACCUGCAGCUCGCCCACCUGCUUUAUGCUGCCAUCGUGUUGGACUGUGUCGACAUGGCACCUGCUGCAGGUAAAGUGACUCCUAAAGACAGUCAGUACGCUGCGGCAUUGGAAACCCAAUUCCCCGCUUUGCCACCAAGAGGCGCUCUUUUCCAGGAGCUGCAUAAUGCCAAGUUUGAUGUCUCAGGUCUGAACACAGAGCAGAUGUUGUUGAAGGACAUGAAAGCCAUUUCAGGAAGUUUGAAUCUCUCUGUUUCUGUUCUCUACAUCUCCCUGGAGGAAUUCCUGCAGAGAGAGGACUUGGAGGCAGAGCUUUCAGGUUUCUGUCAGAAGUAUGGAUAUGAUUUGCUGCUGCUGAUGACAAUCUUCUUCACUGAUAGCAAAGAGCCAAUCAGAGAGCUCGCUGUGUUUAGCCACAGCAUCACCUGUAGGGAACAGGUGAGCCAGUACCUGGAACAAGCCCAAAACCCCGCCCUCAAUCUCAGUCCACUCAGCAACCCCCACCCUCACAUUUCAGCCUAUCACCAAGGAAACUCACUGGCAUCCCGGAAGAAGGUCCUCCCCAUCGUGAAAGACUUCCUGAGGACGUGGGAUGGGUACGGUUGCACUGGAGAUGGGCAGAAUGAGCCGUCUCAGGUACCGCCCACCCCAAUGAACAGCCUGGUGGAGGGCUCGCCUCUGGACAACGGACUGCCUCGCAUCACCUCCCAGGCCCUGGAGGAGAAGUUCAGCCAGAUAGUCAACAGAACUGACCUCUGACCUGCUGGCCCUCUGGAAAAGAUGGAGUUUCUGUCAGGGUAUUUGUUCAUCACGAGGUGCAGACAGUCCAUGGACGGAUUACAGGCAGUAAAGGUACAGUGAGCAGAGGGUUUGCAGUGGUUCAGGUUUCAGCACCGAGAUCAGACCGGAACCUACAGAAGAGCUUCUGUUUGUGUGUCUGUACUCUGCAGCACUCACACACAAAAAUCAGCUUUAAUGUGGAAUUCUGUUCUUCUCUCAUCUUAAAUCUAUUAAUUAUCAGGUUGAAAUGUUAAAAUAAAGCUUUUGAGGAGA